AUGUUGUUUCCCAAGCCUCCACUUUGUACCACUGACCAGCUGAUGAAAGUUCGCCAUCACAUGCCACCCGAAACCUGUGUUCGGCAGCACGUUCGAAAGAUUUCAUUUUUCCAAGUCUGCAGUCUGACGGCUGCCACCAAAUGUCCAAAUGCUACCUGGUUGGAAGACUACUAUUUGGACCUGCAAAGAGAACACUACAAUGGUCAUAUUGAUCAAUCGUCUCAAGGGAAACAGCUAUGGUCGUCGUCGUCGUCGUCGUCGUCACUCAAUAAUUUGCAACACGAAUCUCAACAGUUCUUGGGUAUUUCGAUUGGAUGCAACAAGGGGUUUGAUGCCAUUAAUACGUUGCGAAUGGGAACCUAUGACGCGGAUAUUGACAAAGCAAAGUGGAAACAAGCCAUGACUAGUGAUGGGAGUGAAUCAUUGCACCUAUCCGUUUGCAAUCAAGACUCGGCUGCCGACGUCUUUCCCAUUCUGAAUGAUGACCAUCACGCAUCCAAUAAUUCUAGCAAAAUGAUUCUUCGUCCUCGGGGAGAAAUGCACUGCAUCGAACCAAUGCCACAAACCUAUCACAAGCUACAGCAGUCUGCUGAAACACUUGGAUACACGGACAAGGGAUUGGUUGUGACACACGGUGCCGUUUCCAGGAAUAGUGGCGAAAUGCCCUUUCGCAGUGGAGGCAAGGCGGCUGGAGUGGAAAACAUUGGACUGGGAGACUGCAGAGGUGGCUCCAAGCAGGAUUGCGAAAUGGUCAAGGUGUAUUCUCUAUUAGAGUUUGUGGAACGUAAAGUGCAGGCACCUUCUAGUCAGAAUAUCAAUGUGCUGAGCAUUGACGUGGAAGGUUUUGACGGAGACGUCUUAUUGGGUGCCACUUCCAAGGUACUGGAACGAGUGGAAUAUCUCGAGUUUGAAUACAAUUGGAUGGGAUCGUGGAAGCGACAACACUUGUACGAUAUCAUCGAAUUAUUGGAUGAACAAGCCAGCAUGGUCUGUUACUGGGCGGGACGAGACCGACUUUGGAGAAUCACAGAGUGUUGGAUGUCCUACUACGAUGUACACUCUUGGUCCAAUGUGGCUUGUGCCAAUCGAAGAUUGGUCCCAGAGCUGGCUGCCAAGAUGGAAGAAACAUUUCAGCGCACCUUGGAAGAUGAGACUCAAUGGUUCAAGCAUCCCAACAUUCCCAAAAAGCUAGGAUUCUGGCAGCGAAAGUACAAGGACCAUGUACUGCUAUCAUUGGAAGAAGACAAGUUACGACAAAAGUAUAUUAGGAUUUGA